AUGAGCAACCAAGUCCUCCUCGACAAGCUGGACCGCACCACCGAGUCGCUCUCACAGGCCUUGGCGCAACUAGUCAAGCUUUCCUCCAUCGACCGCGCGUCCGCCGACAGCGACGGCGACAACGACGGCACCACCGACUCCAUAACCUCCGUCGCCACGAACGGCGUCAUGAUGGUCCACGCCCACACCACGCAGCUGAUCAGAGGCGUACAAGACCUGCUCGUGAUCACGCGCGCCAUCCGCGAAACCUGGGUUCUGGGCCAGAUACCGAAGAAAAACGGCGAUGAGGAUGCCAUCGACUACGAGAAGUGCGAGCGCCUUCUAGAGAAGGCCAUGGACGACUUUUUCGGCCCAGUUGCGCUUUAA